ACUCUGCUACACGCCAUCAUGAGCUAAGCAAUGUCGAUGUCCACACUGGAUCGAAUCGUCAAGGGCGCCCCGCCGUCCGACGUCUCGCUCGACCAAGUCGCUCAGUCGGCCCGCCGUGGGAGCUCCACCACCACCCUGUCGCACUCGCACUCGCACUCGUCCUCGUCCUCGCGCUCACGCAGAGACUCGAUCACCGCUCCUCACCCGCCUGCUUCCUCCCAAUCCGACCCCCUCAACAGCCUGCCCUCGUCACCCGAGCAAAUCAAGCUCAAUCUCCUCAUCCUCGAAUCCUCUCUCCGCGCCCAGUACCUCUGCCUCGGCGCCCGCUUACGCCUUUACCUUGUGCUGAUGACCGCUCUCGCUUUGUGGAUCUCUACCUUUACAUAUCUUCUCUUCCUGCGUCCGCGCGAAGAUGGUAAGGGUUCUGGCGGCUCUCCCUAUUGGGUCGUCGACAUUGCAGAACGCCUAGGUUGGGUCGGAGGUCUGGUCACUGCUGGUCUGGUCUGGGGCACUGGCAUGUGGGAUCGUGGCGUUCGCUGGCCGAGGAAAUGGGUCAACAUCACAAACAGAGGUCUACGAGGCUUCAAUCUCAAGCUUGUCGUCAUACGCGGUCCCUGGUGGAAAGAAGCCCUUGGCUAUCGCUAUUUCCUGGACCCUUGGGGCUGGUGGGGUCACGUCAAGGGUAUGCGCUUCGAGUUCAUGCCCAAAGACAUAGAAAAAUCUGCUCUCGAUAACAAGGACAAGGUUGGCCUGUGGGAAACUGGAGGCCGCUAUGGCUGGAUUGAGGAGGAUGUUGCUCCUGGUGGAGACGUCAUCAAGCUUUUAUUGCUACCCAAGCCCUUUUCACCAGACUUCCGCGAGGACUGGGACACCUACCGUCACAAUUACUGGGAGAAAGAGAAUGAGAGACGCGCUCAAUUGCGAGCCAUUAUUAAGACGAGAAGGAGACAACUGGCAAAACAAGAAGGUGGCUGGCUUUGGUGGACUGGUUGGAGAGGAUGGACUCGCCUGCGACACCCGACAAGGCCCAACCAUGAUCAACAAAUUCGUAUCCAGCGCGAAGCUCUUCGAGAGAAGCAGAGUUUAUCCAACAUGAGAGACAAGAAACCAAGACCGAGUAGCAUCUUCAGAGAAACUAGCCACUCACGCUCGAGCUCGAGAAGUUCUACUCCCGAGUCGCUUGGUCGAAGAUCCGAGGAAAAGCUACGUACAAUGAGCAACAGCAACCUCAACCUUAGGAAGGAGCGACCCAAGCCAGCAACCGCGAGGCGCUCGAGUCGUCUGGCAAAUUCCUCUGACUCUCGACCUGGCACACCCGGCUCCGUGGGAACUGCAUCUGAGCACGAGACUUCACCGACCUCCCUGCAUAAUCGUGCCAGCAAUCUGAGCAUCAGCUCAAAUUCCACUUGGACGAGCGACGUACUCAAGGAGGACACGCCACCAACUGAUGUCGACACGCCCGACAAGGAUCAGACGACGCCUAAGCUCUAGUCUUUUGAUUGUUGAAUAUGAUAACGCUUGCCUUUUUACAUGCUCAUGC